UCAAAACAGUGGCAAAUUUAAACGCUUCCGUUGAGCGCUGCGCGGCUUGUUUGUUUUCCCUUUCAGUCGCAGUGAGCAAAGACGUUUCCUGUUUGGUGAGUUGUCGAAGAAAUAACUUGAAAACAUGGCCGAGAACGAGUCCGGGGAUACUUCGGAGCGCUACGAGUUUGAUGCCCCGUCCCACGUCGUUGACUUCAAAGAACUAGUGAAUGCUGAAACCGACGACAAGUGGUUUGAAAUGCACGCUGUGGGAGAAAGUGAUCAUCUUAUCACACCUUCGAGACCGGACCAGCUGCGUCUGACAAGUGAUGAGCCUGAGCACGCAAUGUUGUCUCAAACAAACACUGAUGGUGACUCUGGUCCCAGCAUAUCGGCAUCUCCACCUGCAAACAUUGUGACGUCCUGGGGUGCUGAACGUCGCACACAGAAUGAUGUCCGUUCAAAGCAAAGGCCUGUUAAUAAAGUCCCUGCACAGCCACGCAGAGUUUCAAAGCGUAAAGAGAUGACCAGUGGUCCAGCUGCACCACCAUCAAAGAAAUGCAAAGAGAGUGAGCAGCUGAUUUCCGGGUUUGGUCCCCGCAGGAGUGAGCGGCUAAAUUCAAAGAGAGAACAUCAGACCCACGCAGCAGCUUCCACCUCCACACCCACAGAGCCGAGCACCUCUGAGGAGCUGGAGCUGGAGCGCAUCAGGAACCUUCAGAAGGAAGUUGCUCUUCACCGGAAGAAGAAUGAGGCCAGCUACAAGGCUGCUCUAGCUGGGAAUCCACCACCAAAGAAGACGUUCCUGUCUACAACUGUGCCCAAAGACUUCCACUUCAGUACAGAUACCCGUGUUAAGUCCUCCACUUCAUGCAACACAGAGAAGGAAGUGGACUUUGUCAGUCAGCUUCGCAAACCGUCCUCCCCAGCAAAGGCUCGGAAAGGUGCCACAGUGCCCAAACCUUUCAACCUGUCAACAGGCAACAAGAGAAAGGCGGAAGAGGCGAGCGCUUAUGUGCCCAUGGCCCAGCAGAUCAAGCAGUUCCAGAAGCGAACCCCCACCCGCUACCAUAUGCACAGUCGUAGAAGUCAAGAGAGAGGACCCGCCACAGCAAAGGGGAACCACCUGAAGCUCACUCAGCCCCACUCCCCACACCUGAUGACUCGUCAGAGGAGCCGGCCGCCUACUGUUAAGUGCUCUGCUGAGCUGGAGGCUGAGGAGGCGGAAAAACUUGCAAACUUUAAAAUCAAGGCGCUGGAGCUGAACAGGAAGAUACUGGAGAGUGCAGAGGACCUAAAAAAGCCAGCAGUGAAGGAGCCCACCGUACCCGAAGGCUUUGAGCUGGAGAUUGAAAAAAGGCUCCAGGAGAGGCAGGCCACAAAGAAGCCCCAGGAGGAUGAUGAAAAGCCCCAGAACUUUAAAGCCAAGCCUCUGCCCAAAAAGGUUCUGGAAAGAGUUGUGGGACUGCCAGAAAAGAAAGUUGCAAAUCCGACUGUUCCCGAGUCUCCUGCCUUUGCCCUCAAGAAGAGAGUUCGACUGGAUCGCAAGGUCGAGGAGGUCAAGCAGCCGUCACCAGUUAAGGCCCCCCCAGUGCCUCACUUCGGCCUGCCCUUUCAGCCCCGGCUACCUGAGAACCACCGUGUGGAGAUCUGUCCUUUCUCCUUUGAGCAGAGGGAGCGUGAAAGAAAAGCCUUGAGAGAGAAAAAGUUGGAGGAAAAGCGAAACGAAGAGAUACCACAGUUUAAGGCCCAGCCGCUGCCUGACUUUGACAGUGUGGUCCUGCCAGAGAAGAAGAAGCUGGAGCCUACCAAGCCUGAGCCUUUUAGGCUGCUUCUGGAUGAACGGGGAACUGUGAAGAACAGUCGCUGGGAGCAGAUGGUGAAAGAAGAACAGAAACAUCAAGAGGAAGCAGCAGUAUUUAAAGCUCGGCCCAACACCGUCAUUCACAAGGAGCCUUUCAGGCCCAAGAAAGAGGCCCGGCCUGCAGUGGGCAAUAAUUCUUCCAUAGUUGUAGAGGCCUUUGAACUGGCAACAGAGCGGCGUGCCCGAGAGUGGCAGGAGUAUGAGCGAGUGACCAGUGAGAAGGAGGUUCUGCGGGCGCACAUGGAGGCAGAGCAGAGACGAGAAGAAGAGCAGAGACAGAAGGAGGAGGUCGCCCGGCUGCGACAAGAGCAGGUGCACAAAGCUCAGCCCAUCAGACACUACAAACCUGUAGCUGUGAAGAAGAGCGAAGUUCCUCUUACAGUCCCGGAGUCUCCAAACUUCUCCGAUCGCUUCCGCUUGUGACCACUUUUGUUGUGAAAUGUAACGUUACCACAGAAAUCUCUGACCUGAAAUGUUGUUUUUACAUUGCUUUUACAUUUUUCUUUUUUCCAUGUUUAGCUUUGUAUUUUAGCUGUCUGAUGUACACUCAUUAAUGUGACUGUUUUAAAUUACAGAAUAAAACAUCAUCUACACCCACCAAUA